AUGGCCAUGUUUAGUCAAAACCCUCUGAUGAAUGGUCCAAAUUACUCCUUCAAUCAAGCUCCAACCAAACAAGGUGAUGGUUUUACACAACAUCAUGGUUUCUACCCAUACACCGAUAACGGUGGUUCUACUCUCGCAAUCUCAGGUUCCGACUUCACCAUCGUCGCCGGCGACACCCGUUCCACAUCCGGAUACAAUAUCAACACAAGAUACCAACCCAAAGUCUUCAAGAUCGGUGGUACAACCGCUGCUCAAGAUGAUGCCACUCUUGUUCUCUCUGUCGUAGGCUUUGCUGCAGAUGGUGAAGCAUUAAAGGAACGCCUCGAUACAAUUGUCAAGAUGUACCGUUAUCAGCAUGGCAAGCCCAUGAGCGUUAAAGCAUGUGCUCAGCGAUUAGCAACCAUCCUAUACAGCAAGCGAUUCUUCCCAUAUUACGUUACUGCGAUUCUCGGAGGCUUGGAUGAGGAGGGAAAGGGGGCGGUUUACAGUUAUGAUCCUGUUGGAAGUUAUGAGAGAGAGCAAUGCAGAGCCGCAGGUGCUGCAGCCAGUUUGAUCAUGCCUUUCUUGGACAACCAGGUCAACUUCAAGAACCAAUAUAUUCCAGGCAGUGGAGUAGGACAUGAAUUGGUGGAAAGAGAAAAGAUUCCACUGACUAGAAAUGAAGUGGAAGACUUGGUUAAGGAUGCUUUCGACAGUGCGGUGGAAAGACACAUUGAGGUUGGUGAUGGUUUGCAGAUGUUGAUCAUCACGAAGCAGGGCAUUGAGGAGAUUUAUAAGCCACUGAAGAGGGAUUGA